GUGGCUAACGCGUGCCUGAAUAAAUAGUUGUGUUUCCUGCUGCUCAAGAGCGAUGGGCUAGAUUAUACUGAAUCUAGGAACUUGUCCCAUUCAGAUUUGGGGUGGAAAAAGUGCUCCGUAAUAAUGUUAAAGUGUGAAUAAAUCGGGGGGCUGGGGGACUUCUUGGGUAAAGCAGGCCUAGGGGCGGUAACGAAUGCAGGUUAAAGUACAGUUGUGGAAAAAAAAAACAAGACGUCUUGCUGUUGUUGAAAUGGCAACUCCUCAGGUCGUGGUGGUGGGAUCCUGCAUGACUGAUCUAGUGAGUCUUACUACCCGCCUGCCCAAAGCUGGGGAGACCAUACAUGGACACAGAUUUUUCACUGGAUUUGGGGGGAAAGGUGCCAAUCAGUGUGUCCAGGCUGCACGACUUGGAGCUAAAACCUCAAUGAUCUGCAAGGUUGGGAAGGAUUCGUUUGGUUAUGAUUAUAUUGAAAAUUUCAAGAAGAAUGGGAUUCCUUCAGAUUUUGUAGGUCAAGCUGAGAAUGCAGCCACAGGAGCAGCUUCAAUCAUUGUUGAUGAUGAAGGGCAGAACUUUAUUGUAAUUGUUGCGGGAGCUAAUUUACUUAUGGAUGCUGAAGACUUGAAAAGGGCUGCUCCUGUCAUCUGUCAAGCAAAAGUGAUGGUCUGUCAACUUGAAGUGACCCCAGCUGUUUCUCUAGAAGCUUUGAAACUGGCACACAACAGCGGAGUGAAGACAUUAUUUAACCCUGCUCCUGCUCUUGCUGACCUAGAUCCGCAAUUUUAUGCCUAUUCCAACAUCAUCUGUUGCAAUGAAAGUGAGGCCGAAAUUCUAACAGGAGUCACUGUCAGUAGUGCCCAAGACGCUGGUCGGGUGGGCCUUGUGCUGUUAGAGAAAGGCUGUGAGACUGCCAUUGUAACCUUGGGCCCAGAGGGGUGCGUAGUGGUCUCUGCCAAAGAACCCACUCCAAAACACAUUCCUGUUAAGAGAGUCACCGCUGUGGACACCACGCAGGGGGUUGGAGCAGAUGACCUUGGUGGUCUUAUGCAACUCUGAGAUCAAAUAAGGAGCAGGUGACAGUUUUGUGGGAGCACUGGCUUUCUACCUGGCUUACUACCCCAACUUGCCACUGGAAGAAAUGCUGAAAAGGGCCAACUUUAUUGCAUCAGUUAGCGUCCAGAUAACGGGAACACAGACUUCGUUUCCCUAUAAGAAAGACCUGCCACAACAUCUAUUCUAAAUCGUAUCUGUAAUAAAUUAGACUAAUUUCA